GGUGGUGGGUAUUAGCAGUAACAGCUGCUGCGCUUCCCAUUAGAGGAGAAAGGGAAGAAGGUCCCUGAAAGGAUGGGUCUCUGGCAGGCCGGGAGCGCAGCGGCAGCGAGCCCGGUGGUGUACGUGUCCCGAGGAUGGAGGACGGCAAGAGAGCCCACAUCACCAUUGUUGGCUGGGCAUGCACAACCCUGUGCUUGGUCUCCUACGCUGCCGCCUUCUCACACGGUGCGAGCCUUUCUGCCUGCACCGACAUGAUGCCCAGGCACCUGCGAGCACAGCUGCACAGCCCCAGCAACAACUACGUUACUGUCCACACCAACAUGUCCUUCUAUGUCCCAGGUGACAAGGUGCCAGUGACAGUGAGGAGCACCCGGGAUUUUAUGGGCUUUUUGCUUCAAGCUCGCAAAGUGUCUAACGAUGAAAUCGCUGGCACGUUCAUCUUCAUCCCUCCUGGUUCCAAGCUGCUGAGUUGUUUUGAAGAUGGUGACACCGUCACCCACUCGGACAAAUCACUGAAGAGAAACCUGUCCUUCGUAUGGAAAGCACCAGACCAACCCAUUGGAGACAUCAAGUUUUUCAUCUCCGUAGUCCAGUCAUACUUUGUUUACUGGGCAAAGAUCGAAUCUGCUAUUGUGGCACAGCGAGGGCAAAACAAAACGCUUACUGGCAGCGGCAAGAAGCCCGACCCUGUAACCCCCACGCCCUCACAGGGACCAGCUGACCCACACCCCACAGGUACGGCAAGCAAAGGUCCCACCUCUCCUGUGGCUGCCACCGGCUCCCCCCUGCGCACCCCCACGCCGUCUGCCAGCCCCACCGGCAUCGUGGCAACUCCGGCACCGGAGCCAGGUCUCGGUGUUGGGUCAGACACCCAUCCUGUUGCUGAGCCGACGCAGUCAGCCUGGCCUUCACUGGCUGCGUCCAGCGGGAGCGACGGGUCCAGCAGCCGGGGGCUGGAGCCAUCCCUCCCCACCCAAGACCCCGGCAUGGUGGACGCCUUGCGAAGUUUCCUCUCCCAGGACAAUGCCUCCAGCUACAGCAUGUCCGACGGAGCAGGAAUCAUUGCCAGUGCUGCCACCCCACGCUUGUGUUUGAUGUGUAAAGAAGACGGGCAGGCCAGUACCGAGAGCGGCGCCACCUUGAAAGCCACCCUGUGUGUGACAGCAUCUCCUUCUGCCCCACACAUACACACUCACCUGGGUGAUGCCACUGCCACAACAGCCUGGUUUGGCGAUGCCAAUGCUGCCGGCAACUUGUCAUCGGCUUCAAGGCAAAUGGCCAAAAGAAAGCCGGCACUGCAGCCAGAGGAGGCAGGCACCGGGGGCAAGGAGGAGGAGGAGGCGGUGGGUGGGAAUACCCUGCCGUGGGUGACCAGACCAGCUCCCGAAUCUGCUGUUCCCGGCAAGGGGGAAGACCCUGGCAGAGGGACCCGACUCCUAGCAGCCCAACUCGGCAUCCUCCUGGUCUGCACCGCUGCCCUGGGCCUGGCACUGGCAGCUGCCAUGCGCUGUGUCUGUGCCCAGCAUUGCCACAAGCGGACGGAGGUUUCCUUCAGUGAGCCAGACCCUGACGUCAUUGCCGUCAGAGAAAAUGGGGAGGUGAUGCACUUCCGAAAGGUCCGGGAGAACAGCUUUGUGCUGGUGCAAGCCGAGUACAACUGGGUCAGCCCCUCGAGCAGCGGGAAGAAGACAAUCAUCUGAACGUUUGCAACGCAGAAAGCAGUGCCAUGGCAGCUGGAGUGGGUGAAAACAGCCCGGACUGCACAGCACAGGCUAUAGGAAGCGGUGGUGUAGUUCCUCUAUGUGCCGCCAUGUAGGUAAACAAACUCGAAGCAGCCAGUUCAGAAAGAGGUGUUAGUUGAAAGUAUCUAAGCUACAGCUGCUAAGAAAAUAGAAGUUGAUAGAUUGUUCAGUGUGUUAUGCUUACCGCAAUUAAUAUUGUAUAUCUGCUCAUUAGCUGUCACUGCAGCCAUGACACACACUUCUUCUGUUGCCUUAAGGGUGUAGCCAAAAAUAGAAAUUCUUCCUCUGCACUGUACUAUUGUCUCCUGUUUAAUCUCAGCAAAAGUUUCUAGUGUUAUAUUUCAGCAGAAGUUUCUAGUGUUAUAUUUCUUUCUAGGAAUUAGAAACCCCUGAUAUAAACCCAACCAUUCUCAUUUAGGAGUUUACAGGUGUGAUUCUGUGCACUUGGUAUAUCUCAGAUGACAAAAUAUUUGCCGGGAGAUUUUAAGUUUCAGUUUGAAAAGAAAAAGCAGUAACUCACUAGUGGAGAACAUUGAUUCAAAGAACGCUGAAUUGAUCUACAGGAACGAAAGACAGGGUGGCAGACAUCAGCUUUUGGGGGAGAAACAUGCCUGCUCAUCAGGUACAAAUGGAAGAAAACCUUUCCUGUCCAUUUGCACCUGAUGAGGAAGCUUGUUGAAGCCUGACAGCCAGCAUUUACUUUGUCUUUUACUUCGAGUCAGCUCAGUAACACUCUGUGCAGAAACAUGCACUGAGAAGUACCCCUCCUAGGUCACUCUGGAGAUCCCCAGCAAAGGCUGCGUGGAAAGUUAACAGCAUCCUUGUAGUCUGAGUUUGUGCAAAACUCUCUCUGACCAUGUGUUUUUCUGCAGGAGGCCACUAAAACAGCCCUUGGAAAAUAUGAAGAUCCUUGUAAGAAGGAGAGUUGAUGACAGCAAGGGUAAAGGUUUAAUCUACUGCAGCUUUGAAAGAGCCAGAAAUAGUCCCGAUAACGAUCCUCUUGAGAUGUACAUUUUAGAGUCUUUCAGAAAGCGGGAAUCACCACUUCUGGUGUCCUUUCUAGGGUGGAGGGGCUCAGGUGGUCCCCAAGCUGUGUAACGGGGGACAGACUUAAACUUUGGUGCUGCAGCUUAUUUCACAGCUUGCAGCAAUCCCCUCUGAGCUAAGCAGAUAAUGACGGGACCCUGAUGGCUCACACAUCCUUCCUGGUGACAACUUUCCCCUCUGUCAGGAGGGCCCUGCGGCCACCUCCAACUAGCUGGCCAUCUUCAUGCUGGAUAGUCAGUCAAAGCUCUGCUCUCACCUCCUCCCUUACCUUGCCAUUGACUUCAGACCAGACAGGUGGGACAUAGAGGAGUUCUCCUAUUCAAACCCCUACAACAUGAUGAACAUAGUGCAUCUUUUGCUAAUUGCACCUUCUAUUAGCAUUCAGAAAGAGCUGGUUUCUGACCGUACCACUGUACUGGGAUUAGUGACAUGAUGCUUUGCUCUACACACAUGGCCAAAUUUCUAUUGACUUAACUGCUAGGCCUAGUGAGCCUUGGGCAAAAUAAAUAAGAAAAGAAGUGUACUCACAAAUGCAGCUUGCAGAGACGAGCUUGAUGGUCUUAACCAUUGCACUUUGAAGAGAAGGAUGUCCGCACCAUGGCCCUUCCACUGCAGAGUAACCAAGGGUAGUGCUGUAAUUUAAAAGAUGUUUGUUUUAGGAGUCAAAAUGAAUGGUUUUAUGUUCAAUAAAUCGAGCUUAAGCACUACCUACUAGGAAGUCUACAGGAUUUUAAAUACAAGUCUAGACACUUACAAUGGCGUUCCUCUCCUGUGUCACGUGCCUUAGAAAGAAAUCAUGUUUCUGUAACCCAAUGUAGCUGAACUGUGUAGUGACUAAAGCAGCCUGCAUGCAAGUCGUUGUUAAUGCAGCCAAAAAAAUCCUAAUUAACUGAGAAAAUAGGUCAACAAACUCUUAAAUCUUUAAAGAACUAUCACAUAUUAUUUUAAAAAGUUUCUUAUGAUGGCAUAGCUGUUUAUGAAUAAAUUACAAAUACCUAUGGCCUCUUCCACUGUCUCUCUAGAUUUAAUGUUACCAGACUGCUAUAGCUAUAAAACUGUAACCUUCCUCUCCCCACCUCUUUCCCCGUGACCCAGCACCGCUUCUUGCCGGGCUGACCGGAGGUCUCAUGGAGAUGUUUGAUUAGGACAGUGGCACUUCAACACCACUCUGCCUUCUGUCAAACUCUGCCUUCUGUUAAAUUUAUGCAGCUCCAGUAUUAUUAGUAGUAAAACCAGUAAUGGUGAGCUCUGAGGGACACAGCUCCUUUGAAUUAGUAAUGAGUUUUGCUACUUUGCGGACUUGGCUGAGACCUAAAGUGCUUGUGUUUUUUUCCUUGACUUUGGAAUGAUGUUUCGUUUAUCGUAGUUGCCAUGACAAGAGGGAUGGAGGUUUUAUCUCUUCUUAAGGCUGUUAAAAACAUGAGCACUGAUUAAUUUAUUAAAAGGCAAACCAUUCAAACACCCCCAUUCUUAAGUGACUUGCUUUGUAUGGAUAUUCAUCUGUGCUUACAUUUGGAACAGAUUUAGGAGAAAAAAAAUGACAGAAUUAGGAAAAGAAAGGCACAGACCAUUCUAAUAUUUACUGGAGGGACAAGUGAAAGACUUGCCUUGUUUACCUCUCUAGGUACAGGACUCUGUUGGUCACAGAUGUUCUGCUGGAACCGGGGGAUCUCAGUUCCUCCCGUGCGGGUCAGCCUGCAGCCGUCUGUGGCCCUCGUUAGGCUGCCAUCCAUCAGCAAAGUGACAGGGCUUUGAGUCAGAAUUACCGACCAAAGGUGUGGAAAGCUGCUCACAUUCAGCUGUAAUGCACACCUGUCCUGAGUCUCCCCACCAGCCAAACAGGCAUCAGAUGCAGUUUUGGCAGUGAAAACUCGUAUUGCUUAAAUCUUCUGAUGCCAUUAUGACACCUGAGCUAGCCUAACUAAACAAAAAAACCAAAACAAACAAACAAAAAAAAAAGAUUUAGAAAUAACUAACUUGCAUACAGACAUGUCUGUUCAUCACACCCUUACUUGCAUACUAAUUUUCCCAUCUCGUGUCACUGAUUCCUGCUUUCCCUCUGCUCUACAAAAAUAUAAACCACCGCCCCUAAAUCAUCAGUCCUGCACGUUGAGCAUAUAACACCAUCGCUGAUUCUUACUGCUUUUCCAUGGUAUCUGAAAUCAAUUUGGUUUUGCUCAUCAUCAAGCCUGUCCAUAAAUCCAUUCCCCCUCUGCUUCGGAGAAGAUGUUGUCUUACGCAAUGCUGCAUCUGCUCCAUUAAAGAUGCCCGCCCCAACUGCAGUUAGCAGAGAAUGGCAACCCACCAAUACAUUAGUGGCACUAAAUGUAACAUGGAGAGGUUGCACUGAGCAACGCCGUUGGCCCAAAGCUUGGUUAACUCAUCGUUCCUGCAUUGGUUGAAUUGUCACUAGUAAGCAAAAAAGCCAAACACAUGCUGAUUUGGUCAGCUCCAAAAUGGGUGACAAGACUCACAGGCGAUGCCACGGGGCCCUGUGGGCCCAGCUAUCAUGGUCAGCGGGGAUGUGCAAGCUCAGGCUCUCAGCAGAGGCAGCGCUCUCCCUAGAGCGGUGCAGGAUGAGGCCCCAGGCAUUACAGAGACCUGGCCGGGUGGCUUGGCUAGCCCUUUUGGCACAGUUUCUGUAACUACUUAAGACCGCACAAACCAAGGGAGGUGAAGCAGCAAAGCCAGGAACCUGGAGAGUAAAACAUUCAGCGCACCCCUGGCAAACAGAGCACGGGGAGGCCGCCUUGCUGAGGGGUGAGGAUUCAUCCUCUCCCUCACCUCUGAGGGUUUGCCCCUGCUUCAAGCCAGAUCCUUGGCGGAGCAGCAGAUGCACGUCUUAUUUAUUCACUUAGAUUUAAAUGACAAUGAGAAAUGCCUGCAAAAAGAUGAGGCGAUGCGCUAACGAUUCCUGCAACAUUCAGCUGCAAAAAGACAGCUGCUUACCAGCAAAAACCAACGACAAAGUAGCGACCGACCUGCCCAGCUGGUGAACAGCAGAACAGCCCCCUCACUCCUCCUGGCAAGCCACCCCCCCACCUCUGCUGCCCUUGCCAGGGUCUCAAGGCUCAGUCUGAAAGUCAUCGUGUCUGGACAGCUCUGCAGGGCUCCCUUCCUUUCCUUCCCCUCCCCUCUCUCCUGCCAGCUCCUCCAAGGCACCACAUCACCUACGAGAGGGCAGAGAAGGACCUGGGGCGUCACGACGGCCCUUGGACCACGAGCUGCUCAGGGAUCUCUCCCGGCUCCCUCCCGCCACCGAAUUAUUUCGCCAUCGCAGGCCUCGUCGCAGCAGCCCUCUUUCCUUCCUCGUUAGUGCGUG